CGUGUACAAUGUGGGCUAAAUAUUGUCCAUUUCACUCACGCGCCAUCGGGCCAAGAGCUAGCUCCCAGUAUAAACCUACUAAGUCUUUUACUCCAGUGCGGUAGUACAGUGGCGUUCUUCUAGUCAUUCACUUUGUCGCUCUGCAUCGAACCCCAUCCCAACGCUUCUGAGCUGGGUGUCACGGUUCAAUGGAUGCCCUUAAAAUGGCUGCUUUUCGCCCAUUUCUUACUAUCCUCACCUCGAAAGCAACAACCAUGAUCAUCACCUCUGCGCAGACUGCUGAAAAGAUUGCUUCGCUCGAUGAGGUCCAAGCCAUCACAGAGAUGGUUCAUCUCAGCUUUUCCAAUUGCACCGACGAAAGGAUGAAGUUCCUCUUUAAGAACUUGAUUGAUCAUAUCCAUAAUUUCGUCCGAGAGACGUCUUUGACCCAUGAGGAGUGGUCGGCAUCGAUCGAUUUUCUAGACAGAUUCCGUCGGGAAGAUCGAUAUAUUAUGGUCAUAUCGGAUGUUUUUGGCGUGUCAGCCCUCGUUGAUUUGGUGAAUAACAACAAGCCUCGUCACGCCACAGAGCAAACGAUUUUGGGUCCCUCUCUAUACCGAGAAUACUCAGAUCUAAAGGUGAUUCUAUCGCCUCUGAGGGGAAAGGCGAAUAUCUGUAUGUGUCUGGGCGUAUUUUGGACGUCCAAGGAAACCCUAGUCGCUGGCGCGGUAAUGGAUGUCUGGGAGGCAGAUCAGCAUGGGGUUUACGAUAAGGAGUAUCCGGAUUACAAUGACAAACCUGAUUGCCGAGGACGCUUUACGACCGGAGAGGACGGUACAUUCGCGUUCAGAGCUGUCAAACCAUUGGCUUACCCUUUCAAUGCGGGUGGACCAAUCGAAGAUCUGCUUGACGCUCUGAACUCUAUAAAGCACAGACCAGCCCAUCUUCAUUUCAAGAUUGUCGCACCCAACUUCAGGGAACUCGUCACCCAGUUGUAUCUCAAGGGUGAUAAAUACUUGGAGAUCGACACUGCGUUUGCCGUCAGGCAGUCCCUCGUUGUGGAUCCAAAGCUAAUUACAGACACGUCUGUUACCCUGGCUCGGGGUUUCAAAGAGGCUAAGCCGCACCUUGAACUUGAGCGAGACUUUGUGCUUGUCAGGGAACAGGACCUCAUCAAGGCCGAGGCUAAGGCUUAA